GGGGGCGAGGUCGGGCGUGAGGGGAGCCCGCCGGGGGCUGUUGGCGGAGCUCCCCGCCGGCCCUGGCUGUAGCUGCCCGGGGUCCCGGCGGCCGGGCCGGCUGCCCCGCCGCGAGGUUGCCGGUCCCGUGGGGCUCCCCCUGCCCCGGGGUUUCCGCGCUGGGCUGCGGCGGCCGCCCUCGCCCCGGCCCGCCGCGCGGCCUGAGCGGGGAGCGGAGCGGCUGGGCCUGGCGUUCCCCUCCCGCCAACUGCCCGCCAGCCCCGGCCCUGGCGAGAGGCCCCUUCCUGCCUCCGCGGGGUUGAGUGGCCGGCUCGGGACUCGUCAGCGCCUUCGGAUCCCGCUGGCACGGUCGCCGCUUGCACAUCGCAGGUGCAGCUUCGCCUGGUCAGCGGCGUGACGUGACGUACGCCCAGAAACCUGUGACAGGAACAUUAUUAAGGUCAUGUGCUGUGUGCCAGCUAACCCACAUCUGCUGGAUGACUUCCUGAAUUUCCGAGCAGUUUUCAAGCAGCUGCCAUUUAAAGGACCCAAUUUGCCAGACAACCAGAGUGCAAUUCCUUAACCCAGGCUCCCUGUCAACACCUGUUACGUACACUUCCUGCCUCUUCUGCCUUUGUUUACACUGGUCGCUUUCUGCCACUGAGACAGAUCUGGAGUGAAAAGUGAAAGAUGCUGCUGUUCUUCCGUAAAAGGAAACCCAGUGAUGCGGCCCGGAAGCGCCUUGAAUACCAAAUGUGCCUGGCAAAAGAAGCUGGUGCUGAUGACAUUCUUGAUAUAUCUAAAUGUGAACUCUCUGAGAUUCCAUAUGGCGCUUUUGCAACAUGUAAAGUUUUGCAAAAAAAGGUGCUGAUUGUUCAUACAAAUAAUCUAACAUCUCUGGUUCCAAAGUCCUGCAGUCUCCUGAAUCUCAUAACUGUGAAGGUUUUAGAUCUCCAUGACAACCAGCUGACAUCACUUCCUGAUGAUAUUGGCCAGCUGACAUAUCUCCAGGUCCUAAACUUUGAAAGGAAUCUCUUAAAAGUUCUUCCACGGUCUAUAGGGGACCUUGCCCAGCUCCAGACCCUCAAUGUGAAAGGUAAUAAGCUGAAGGAGCUGCCUGCUACCCUGGGUGACCUGCGCAGCUUGCGCACCCUUGAUGUCAGUGAGAACCUGCUGCGGGAAUUGCCCCAGGCGCUGGCUCACAUCCGCACACUGGAGACUCUGACGCUGGAUGCUUCGUCCAUGACAUACCCACCAUAUGAUGUUUGCAAUGCUGGCACAGAGUCUAUCCAGCAGUUUCUGUGCAAAGAGUCUGGAAUCAAAUACUGCCCUCCCUCCCAGUAUCUGCUUCCGGUCCUGGAAAGUGAUGGAGGAGAAACAUCAGUGGAUGGUGUCAACAGGCAUGUGCAUAAAUACAUGGAGGAAGAGAGCGAGUGGCAGAACAAAUUCUUGGAUUAUGAGAAGAGGAAGGAAGAGAAGAUGCUGGAGAAGCUGGAGUUCGAGCGUCGCCUGGACAUGGGGCAGAGGGAGCAUGCUCAGCUUCUUCAGCAGAGCAGCAAUCAGAAGGAGGAGAUUCUGCAGACUGUGAAAAAGGAGCAGGUGAGGCUGGAGAAGGGUCUGACGAAGCAUCAGCGCAACCUGGAAGGAGAGCACCUGAAGCUGCUGGAGCAGCUGAAGCAAAUGGAGCAGGGCAUUGCCAGCCGAAUCCAGAAGCUGCUGAAGGAGAAUCAGAGGCAGAAACAAAGUUCAGAACUUCUGAAAUCCCUGGAGAACGAGAGAAUAAGGAUGGACCAACUGAUGGCAAUAACGCAGGAGGAGACGGAGCAGCUACGCAGAAGGGAAGUGGCCUCUGCCAUGCAACAAAUGCUGGCUGAGAGCUACAAGAACAAGCUCAUCCACAUGACCUCCGAAUCUCGCCGGCAAGACCUUGUCAACCAGGCCUGCUCCAGCCUGGCAGAGAUGGAUCAGAAGUUCCAACAAAUCCUGGCUUGGCAACAGCUAGAUCAGAACAAGGCCACUAGUCAGAUCCUGCGGGAGAGUGAAAUGCAGAAAGCGGCCUUUGAAGCCCUUCAGGUGAAGAAGGAUCUCUUGCACCGGCAGAUCAGGAACCAGAUUAAGUUAAUAGAAACAGAGUUAUUGCAGCUGACACAGCUGGAGUUAAAGAGGCAAGAACUGGACACAGAGACACUGCAGCCUCCAUGUGGUGUGGAGACAGGGCUGCCUCUGCUUCUGUUGCAGGAGAUGAUCACAGAGCAACGCCAAGCCCUGAGCUACAUGCUGCAACAGCUGCUCAAGGAGAAGAAGCAAAGGGAAGAGGAACUGCAACAAAUCCUGCUCGAGAUGGAGGCGAAAAGUGAAACGAAGCAAGAGAACUACUGGCUGAUCCAGUAUCAGCGCCUGCUGAACCAGAAACCUCUCUCACUGAAACUCCAGGAGGAGGGCUUGGAGAGGCAGCUGAUAAACCUGCUAAUUGAGCUGUCAGCUGAACAGUACGUACCAAUCUUUGCCCAUCAUCGGCUGUCACUGGAAAUGCUCAGCACCAUGACCCUCAGCGACCUGGCAAAGAUUGGAAUAACAGAAACUGGCCUGCAGCGUGCGAUCCUCAGGCGAGCCCAGGAGAUCCUGGCUGUGGCUAAAACAAUCCCAGAGCUGCUGACGAGCACUGAGACCAAGGGCCCUGCAGCCCCAGAGCCGAGCACCCCCCGUGAAGAAAUCCUCCCUUCUGCACCCCAGCUGGAGCUGGACGAGAGGAAGUCUGAGUGCGUGGUCUGCAUGGAGCAGGAGGCCCAGAUGAUCUUCCUGAACUGUGGCCACGUGUGCUGCUGCCGGACGUGCUGCGAGGCCCUGCGCACCUGCCCCCUCUGCCGCACAGACAUCGUGCAGCGCAUCCGCAUCUUCCGCAGCAGCUAGCCCGGGAGCAGCUGCUGAGCGCUUGGGGCUGCAGGCUCGCUGCCCAAGGCUCCUCAGAGGUCUGGGUGGGUGUCAAAUCUACUUAUGCCCAUGCCGCAGUGUAUCAACCGCCCCUCCCACUGUGAUGUGUACACUUUGCACUGGCUCAGAGCCUGGGAGGCUGCUUUGGGGGGGACUGGAAUGUGCAGUCCCCUCAUGUCCUGGGGGGUAACUCUGGGGUUGAAUGUUCUCGUACGAUCUUGUAGGCAUGUCUAGCAACACCCCUCUUCCCCCCACAGUAACCCCUGCAGUCGCCCCCUGUGCUAUGCAGAUGGAAGCGGACUCUGCUGAGUGACUCAUGGGUUGUCUCAAGUCCCCCUGAGUGUUGGUAGAUUUCUGCCUCCCUUGCCUUUGCAUGGCCCUCUCUGUCUGUGUGCUCCCAAGUCUCCUGGGGGGGCUGAAGCCUAUCCCCAGCCUGUCUAAUAUAUUUAUUUGCCUUCA